CGGCAACCGGCAGCGGGUGUAAUUGGUACACUAUAUAUACGUUAGUUCAACACAGAGAGUCAUCAGUCUACUGCUACACACACCAACAUGAAGUUUGUGGUUCUCGCCCUCCUGGCCACUGUGGCCACCGCCGCCCCCCAGUACGCCGCUCCUGCCCCUGCUUCUCGCUACGGUGAUUCCAGCGAGGAGGUCCCCAUUAUCAGGCACGACUUUGUACUUGGGGACUACGGCGGCUACAAACUUGAUGUAGAGACUGGAAACAACAUCGUAAUAUCCCAGUCUGGCUCUCCCGACGGACCCGAGGGAACUGUGGUCAAGGCUGGAGAAUACUCCUACACUGCUCCUGACGGCACCCCAGUUCAUGUUAAGUUCGUCGCUGACGAGAACGGCUACCAGCCCCAGUCUGAUCUGCUGCCAGUGGCUCCCGCCUUCCCCCACCCAAUCCCUCAGUUCGUGCUGGACCAGAUCGCCUUCGCUGCUACUGAGGAACCUCGCCGCUACAGCUACGAUGAUUAAAGCAGAAGCUGUUGACUACGAGACUCUCCCCUGUGCUUCCCAGUAAACAAGUCUACUCGGCAAACUCUACAAGCAUAAUACUACCAGUGCGGGAGUUUUGCUUCCACCACCUGGACGCUUCGUGUAUAUCUGGAUAUUUAUAUGAAUGUUUGAUAUUUCUUUACAAUAAAAUUAAUAACAAGA